ACGAUGCACCUCUUCCUGAUUCGCCAUGGCGAGACGGUCGACAACGUGGCUGGCAUCUAUGCCGGGUCGCGGGACUCGGCGCUGACCUCCCAUGGCGUGCUGCAGAUUCGAAGGCUGGCCACUCAUCUGGCCGAGGACGCGGAGGCGGCGCUGGAAUACAUCUUCUCGUCCGAUCUCAAGCGCGCGGUCAAGACAGCUGAGGCGAUUGCGGCGGAACAGAAACGCGUUCACUCGCGGGACAUUCCGGUCGUUGAGCUCGCCGAGCUCCGGGAAAAGGACUUUGGAAGCGAUGAGGGCGUCAAGUUCGGAGACUCGCGAGGUCGUGCACCCGAUUCUGAGACUCCCGAGUCGAUGAAAGCGAGAGUCGACGCCUUCUUGGACGGUUACCUGCUUCCGCUCCUUAGCUCACAGAGGGGCGAGGUUUCACACAAGUCAAGAUGUGCCGUUGUGUCCCACGGCAUCAUUCUCGGCGUCCUGUACCGCGAGCUCUGCGCCCGAGUCAGCCGUGGCGGCAUCACUGUCGACCCCAAUCCCAGUGCCGCCAGCUCCCUCAUCUCACCCCCCUUUUGGGACAACUCCGGCUACCUCAAAUGCACCGUCUCCAUGGCCGACUCCAUGGCAAGCGAGGACAAGUCGCUGCCACUGAGACUGCACGUCAGCCUCGUCAACUGCACCAUACAUCUUCGGGACUUGAAAAAGACUCGUGGCGGCAUUGGCAGCGCCGCCUUUGAUGAGAAGCAGCGAACCUUGACGUCGUUUUUCCUGCCGGGUCCAACGAAGAAACGCAAGAGUCAUGACAUGAGUGCUGGGUAGCAGUAGGCGGCGCUACCCAGCCAUUUUCUUAAAAAGACACGAUAUACGACUUGAUGAUCGAUACACGGAUACAGACAGAAUAAUAAUAUAAUGGAAUACGAAUCU